AUGAUUGCCUUCCUUCAACGCUCAUUAUACCUACAACUUGCCACAGCUUUUCAUCUUUCCAUGACUUCCAUCAACACCGAAACACUUGAAAAUGUCGAAUUCUCAAUCCAAAACCUAAUCAAAAGUUGGUGCAGACGGCAAAAAUGGCGACAACUUUGCCUCUUCUCCUCAAGAAAACAUCAACAAGAUCUCACCUCCAUAGAACCACAGUGGAGAAUCACUUUAUCUGAGUUUCUUGAGUCAUACCAAGUUCACCUUUUGACCAUCUUCUUGCUCUCUCUAGACAUUAUCUUAAUGUCCCUUGAACUAUCUUCCUCUCUGCUCUCCUGCACAUCAGUCAACAAAACCGAAAACAAGGAUGAAUGGUUCCGUUGGGGAGGAACCGCCAUUCUGAGCAUUCUCGCCAUUAAAUCCAUGGCUCUAGCUGUUGCUAUGGGGAAAUCGUUUUUCAGACAACCUGGCUGUGUGAUGGAUGGUGCAAUUGCCAUCAUAGCUCUGAUUCUCCAGGUGUUUCUUGACAGGAAAGGGACAGGUUUCAUUGUGGUGGUGAGCUUGUGGCGAGUUUUGAGGGUUGUAGAGACUGCUUUCGAGCUUAGUGAUGAAGCCAUUGAAGUGCAGAUAAAUGGAAUCAUCAACCAGUUUCAAGAUCUUAGUAAAGAGAAUAGAAGAUUACUAGAGACUCUUGCAGAGAAAGAUGAAGUAAUCAAGAAGUUAGAAAAUGAGCUAAAUCAAUAUAAAGAACCUUGCAAUAUUCUAUUUGUAACAAACCAACCAUAGGUAGAAAAUGAAGUUCUCUCUUUUGUAUUGUUUCAAGCAACUUAAUA